CUUUUUGCAUUGCGCAAGAUAACAUGACACUUCCUUCCCUCACAAGAUAUACAUUCGAGCUACCGUCCAUUCACUAAUUUGACGGCACCUUGAUGCUGCCUAUCCACCAGUGAAAGUGUCAUUACUGGUUGAGAGGCUGGUCAACCUGCGUCUCGAGAAGUUGGGAAUACAGCACUGGGCCGAUUCGAGGAUUGACACACACACACACAUCAUGGCUGUCCCGAUAUCAUCUCUGCUCACCAACGGCUCUCCCACUCCCGCCCGGGAUCGUUGGACGUACCUCGACAACCUCCUGUCAACGACCUCACCGUACGCCGGUGAAGAAUUUGUCCCCGGUGACGAGACCAUCAGCGCCCUCGAAACCUCACGUGUCUUGGUUAUCGGUGCUGGCGGAUUGGGAUGUGAGAUUCUCAAGAAUCUCGCCCUCUCCGGGUUCAAGGACAUCCACGUGAUCGACAUGGACACGAUCGACGUUUCCAACUUGAACCGUCAAUUCCUCUUCCGCCAGUCCGACGUCGGCAAGUCAAAGGCCGAGGUUGCCGCUUCGUUCGUCGAGCGCCGCGUCCCGGGAGUCAAAAUCACCCCCUACAACGGCAAGAUCCAGGACAAGGACGAGGAGUACUACAUGCAAUUCAAGCUGGUCAUCUGCGGCCUGGACAGCAUCGAGGCGCGUCGCUGGAUCAACGCCACGCUCGUCGACAUGGUGGACAUGGAGAACCCAGAGUCCCUCAAGCCUCUGGUCGACGGUGGCACCGAAGGGUUCAAGGGCCAAGCUCGUGUCAUCCUGCCCUCCCUCACGUCGUGCAUCGAAUGCCAGCUGUCGAUGCACGCCCCGCGCGCCGCGGUGCCUCUCUGCACGCUCGCCACCAUCCCCCGCCAACCUCAACACUGCAUCGAGUGGGCGCACAUCAUAGCCUGGGAGGAGCGACGGAAGGGGGAACCCCUCGACACCGACGACCCGGAACACAUAUCCUGGCUGUACCAGACGGCCCUGGCGCGGGCCAAAGAGUUCGACAUCCCCGGCGUGACGUACAGCAUGACGCAGGGCGUGGUCAAGAACAUCAUCCCCGCCAUCGCGUCGACGAACGCCAUCAUAGCGGCGGCUUGCUGCAACGAGGCCCUCAAGAUCGCCACGUCGUGCGCCCCCUUUCUGGAAAACUACAUGAUGUACACGGGCGACUCGAACGAUUCCGGACUCUACACGUACACGUUCGCCGCGGAGAAGAAGGACGACUGCCCGGUCUGCGGGAACGUCUCGCAGAACAUGACCGUCGACCCCGAAUCCACCCUGGAAGAGUUCCUGGCCGGUCUGGCGGAGCGCGCGGAGGCACAGUUGAAGAAGCCGAGCGUCAGGACCGAAGCCAAGACGCUGUACGUGCAGGCGCCCAAGAGUCUGGAGGAACAGACGAGGCCAAACCUUGGGAAAAAAAUGAAGGAACUGGUCAGUGACGGCGAAGAGGUUGGCGUGUCCGAUCUGGCUUUCCAGAUCUCGUUCAAGUUCAGGUUGGUCUUCAAGAAGUGAAAGAAGGGAGGAACUCGCCGGUGGGAAGAAUCCAGGGUCACCAAAAAGCAAAAACAAAGACAGCAUAGCACUCAUUAUACGAGAGUAGACAACGAAUAAUUAUGACCAUGACUAAAGCC